AUGGCGAUUCACUCCCAUCUUCUUGGACAACAGGCCCGCCAGCGAAAGGAGAAACAAAGCUCGCCCAAACUUCUAUUCGUUGCGUUUGAUGGGACGUGGCAUGGCAGCGUCAAAAGCUCAAAGGAGACAGUAGUAUCCAGCCUGCCCGAUCUCAUCUCCAAGAACGAGCACAUUCGGAAGAUUCGGGUCAACGGAGUAGGCACUGAUGGUUUGACAGACAAGAUUCUUGGAGGGAAUAUCGCCGACGAUUACAACAAGGGUGAUAGGAUCAUCUUCUGUGGCUACUCUCGAGGUGCAUGGGCUGCUCGCUAUCUAGCGAUGAUAAUUGGCUGCUUAGGCCUGGUUCGCGAUGGCGACACGGAGUUCUUCAAGCGCUUGUAUGACGUGUGUAAGAAAGACCCGUAUCUUGCCGAAGCUAAUAAGGAUGAGCUUCGACACAAUUACCGCUAUGUGAAAUAUUCCUUCCAUGCCCUGGCCCUGCACGAAACCAGAAGUCCUUAUAGUCCAACUUACAUGUGUGGACACAACGUCCACCAGGUUUUCUUCCUAGGCGAUCAUGGUAACAUGGGUAAGCUUGGACAACAGGAAGGCCUUGUACAUGCCCCUCUCGCUUGGAUGGUUCAACAACUAUCUUCCCACCUCGGUGUUUCAUUCGAUGAAGAUAAACUCAGAAGACGCUUCCCAAGCUGCACUACUGAAGGCCAGAAUGAGAGGAUCUCUCAACUACAUACCCACGACACCACCCACGAAGCCAUGAUGAAACAUGCCUGGUGCUGCCCGAGUGGAUCUAUCCCUGGGGCUGGAGUCGGCAGGCUAGUUAUCAUGGGUAGAAAAGAUCGGAACCCAGGAAUGGUUCUCAACUCCUGUGAUGCCGAUUGCACUGACUUUAGCACGGAGGAAUCCAUUCAGAAUGAAACUGCUUCGGCUCACGCUCAGAUACAUAUCGGCGCUCGUGGAAGACAAGAAUGUGGCUUUACCGAUGCGGUGCCUGGGUAUCUUGGUGUUCAGCCUAUGGAUCCAAACCAGGUGUUUUUCUGGAAGAGAAGAGCGGCAGGGGAGCAGGAAGUUGUGGCUGCGGAUGUCAUUCAGGAGGCAAAGGUUGGGUUUCUGGAAGCGAGGCUCUUGGGACUUCCUGUGGCGGCAGCUAGUCACCCAGAAUGCUGUGGUCUGAACCAGAUACGAGAAGAGGAGAUUGAUGCUGAAGUCUCAGUUGAGAAUGAAGAGAUACGAGACUCGAAGUUGAAGCAAGCUAGCAGAAUACUGUUCAAGAUCUACGAUUACUCGACCAGUGUUCGCGCUGAAGCAUGA